UAGAUUUUUAGCCGCGAGUGGCCGCCACUCGCGAGCAAUCUGAUUAUAGUACAACGAAGUACUGGACAGUAUCGGAUUAUGUCCAUGCUUACGUCGAUCAAUAUUGAUCUCCGACGCUCGUCUUGCUAGACUCCAUGCACAUUUGAAGGGGACGAUCGAUCGCAUUAACAAACUUGACCAAAGUUGCUUGGUCGUAGACAGAUUACACACCACACAGGCUUGCGCCUGGGUGAUUGCCAAAGCGCUGUGAUCUCGUGACUCAUCCCGAACAUAUAUACAUACGUCCAUACAUCCAACGCGUGAUAUGUCGCGCCUACUUCAUUAAAGUGGAUAUGAUCAACGUGAUGCUACAAAUGCUUUGAAGCAAUUUUUGAUUGGUCAAUUUGUAAAAUUUUUUUUUUCUAAUUGGUCGACCAAACGCUUUAAAACAUUUGUAGUGAGACUUUGACCGCAGCUAGUAUCACACAUUUAGGAAAAUUCGCAAAUAAAAAGUUUGUCGAGUAAAGACGGAUAGAGACGUGUGUUCGUGUGUAUCCCAUUGUGUACUAUAUCGUGCGCGCACGUAAAGAAUAGAAGUCUGAUGUGACACGCACGAUAGGCAAAUAUCCGUAAGCAGCUGUCGCUCUCGCUAUCGUCGCAGCCAGGGCCAGCACACGUUUGUAUGCAAACGUCGAGCUGUGAGCGAGGCGCUUCGGAACACUGCUCGGACCUCUUUUGUAUGGUGCAUACAUUCUAAGAAAACAUGCCUCUGUUUGGAAAGUCUCAAAAGAGUCCAGCAGAAGUUGUAAAGGCCCUCAAGGAGGCGGUAAAUGCAUUGGAGCGCGGCGACAAGAAGGCGCAAGAAGAUGUAAGCAAGAAUCUAGUGCACAUCAAAAACAUGUUGUACGGUACGGCCGAGACAGAGCCACAGGCAGACAUCGUGGUGGCACAGCUGGCGCAAGAAUUGUAUAACAGCAAUCUACUACUUCUGCUUGUGCAAAAUUUAAGUCGCAUUGACUUUGAGGGAAAGAAGGAUGUCGCACAGGUCUUCAAUAACAUUUUGCGGAGGCAAAUUGGAACUAGAUCACCCACCGUAGAAUACAUAUGUACCAAACCUGAAAUUCUUUUUACACUCAUGUCUGGUUAUGAACACCAAGACAUUGCACUCAACUGUGGCACAAUGUUACGAGAGUGCGCAAGAUAUGAAGCCCUGGCCAAAAUUAUGAUCUAUUCAGAUGACUUUUAUAAUUUUUUCAGAUAUGUUGAAGUUUCUACGUUCGAUAUCGCAUCUGACGCUUUCUCUACGUUUAAAGAAUUACUCACGAGGCACAAAAUACUCAGCGCCGAAUUUUUAGAGAUACAUUACGAUAAAGUUUUUUCACACUAUCAGAGGUUACUCAAUUCAGAAAACUAUGUAACACGACGACAGAGUUUAAAACUGUUGGGCGAGCUAUUACUCGAUAGACACAAUUUUACAGUUAUGACACGAUAUAUAUCAAAUCCAGAUAAUUUAAAAUUGAUGAUGAACAUGCUGAAGGAAAAGUCUCGCAAUAUACAAUUUGAGGCUUUUCAUGUUUUCAAGGUAUUUGUGGCGAAUCCCAACAAACCAAAACCUAUUCUAGACAUAUUGCUCCGCAAUCAGGAGAAGCUGAUAGAGUUCCUGACGCGCUUCCACACGGAUCGUUCCGAGGACGAGCAGUUCAACGACGAGAAGGCGUAUUUAAUUAAGCAGAUCAAAGAACUUAAGUCUGUACAUGAUAAUUAAGUCAAGGAAAUACAAUUAUUGCUAUCGCUACGACUAACUACCAUCAUUGAGUGCUUUCCAGCAAUGUUUACAAAUGGCAUUGUGUAACACAGGGUGCGCUUCCAUGGUUUUCAAUUGUGACACAAACAUACAGCUAAGAUGCUGUGUUCGACUGUGUCAAUUUAUAUUACUUCAUAAAUAUCAAAUUAUAUUUCAUUACCAUUUAAUUUCCUAGGAAUAAUAUUUUAAUAAAAAGUGUUGUAUUAAGUUUAAGAUUAUAUUCGGACAUAGGUGAUAUGAAACCUUUUUCUUUAUUUCAUUCUAGUGGUGAAAUAAAAAAGUUAAGCAAUGAAUGCGUUCAGCAGAGAAAAUUAAUUAGUUAGCACUGAAUGAUUCUAUAAUAUUAUUGGUUCUUGCUUUAGUUUUUCACUAAAUCUAAGUGUAGAAAUCAAUCAUAUUAAAGAAUCACUAAGCACUGAUUAGUUUCCUCUGUUGAACGCAAUAUUUCAGUUAUAAGUCGGCACUCUGUAUUACUGUGUCAUACAGUGUAUAAUUGUGUUUCAUUGCUAGAAAGCACUCGUUACUAGAAUUACUGUUGCUGUUGCUAAUUACGGUUUUAUCACUAUUAUAUAAUUAUAAUUCUUCAUCAUCAUCAUCAUCAUUAUUACCAUCAUCAUCAUCAUCGUCAUAAUUAUUAUGAUCACCGUCA